GCUUAACACCUACAACAAUAACCAUCAUCAAAAUGAAUAAGAAGAGUAUUGAAGAUGUUGACUUUUCUGGUAAGAGAGUUCUUGCUAGAGUAGAUUAUAACGUCCCUCUCAAGAAUGGAAUUAUCAAAGAUAAUACCAGAAUCAAGGAAACACUUCCAACUUUGAAAUAUAUUUUAGAUCAUGGUGCUUCUCAAGUUGUUUUGAUGAGUCACCUCGGAAGACCUGAUGGUAAAGUUGUUCCAGAAGCUACUUUGGAACCUGUUGCCAAGGAACUUGAAAAGUUGUUGGGAGAACCAGUUAGAUUUGCUAAAGAUUGUGUUGGUCCUGAUUCUGAAAAGGCUGUUCUUGAAGAAAAGGCCAAGAUUGUCUUGUUGGAAAAUCUUAGAUAUCAUCCAGAAGAAGAAGUCUUGAAGGGUACUCCAGAAGAAGAUGUUGAAAAAUUCAGAACCCAAUUAGCUAAAUAUGGUGAUGUUUAUGUCAAUGAUGCUUUUGGUACUGCUCACAGAGCUCACUCUUCAAUGGUUGGUUUGAAGAGAUUGGGUUGUUGUGUUUCUGGUUAUCUUUUGAAGAAGGAAUUGGAUUACUUCCGUAAGGCUUUGGUUGAACCAUCAAAGCCAUUCGUUGCUAUUUUAGGUGGUGCUAAAGUUAAGGAUAAGAUCAAAUUGAUUGAAAACAUGUUGGAUAAGGUUGAUGAAAUGAUCAUUGUUGGUGGUAUGGCUUUCACUUUCAAGAAGGUCUGUUUCGGAGUUUCAAUUGGUAAAUCAUUGUUCGAUGAAGAUGGUGCCAAGAUUGUUGAAAAGUUGCUCGAAAAGGCCAAGAAGAAUGGUGUUAAGCUCCAUUUCCCAAUUGACCACGUUUGUGCUGAUGCUCUCACUGAAACUGCUCAAAAGUCUGUUUACACUGAUGAACAAGGUAUUCCAGAUAAUUUGAUGGGUUUGGAUAUUGGUCCAAAGUCUGUUGAACUCUUCAGAGAAGUCAUUCUCAAUGCCAAGACUUUGGUUUGGAAUGGUCCUGCUGGUGUCUUUGAAAUUAAGCAAUUUUCUGCUGGUUCUAUUGGUUUGUUAGAUGCUGUUGCUACUGCUACUGAACAAGGUUUGGUUUCAAUUAUUGGUGGUGGUGACACUGUCAGUUUGGUUCAAAACAAUAAUGCUCAAAAUAAGGUUUCACACAUCAGUACUGGUGGUGGUGCUUCUUUGGAAUUGUUGGAAGGCCGUAAACUCCCAGGUGUUGAAGCACUCGAUGAUAGACAAUGAAGGCCACUGUAUAGUAAUUUGUAAAUAAAUUGAUUUUACCACAC